GAGGCUUCAUCUCGUGCAGAGCAGUUCGCUCGAGCGGUCUGAACAAUGACUGCGCGAGAGGAUGAUGUGAAUCCAGAGAAAUGCCUGAUUUAACAGCAAAACUGCACAUUGCGCUCUCUACUACGCUUUUCCCUAAACAAACACCAUGAGUAUGUGGAUUCCUACAGAACACGAGAAAUACGGAGUCGUGCUGGCCGGUUUCCGAGGAACGGUUCAGCAUGGCUUGCCUCUGGAGAUUGGUGAUACGGUGCAGAUCCUGGAGAAAUGUGAAGGUUGGUACAGAGGAUUCGUCCUCAAGAACCCGAAUGCCAAGGGCAUAUUUCCAUGCUGCUACAUUCACCUGAAGAAUGCUCAUAUCAAGAAUAAGGGGCAGUUCGAGACGGUGGUGCCGAGCGAAGACUCUGUCAUUACGGAGAUGACGUCCACCUUGAGGGACUGGGGCGCCAUGUGGAAGCAGCUCUUUGUGAAGAACGAAGGGGAUUUGUUUAAUAGACUGUGGCACGUGAUGAAUGAGAUUUUGGACCUCAGGCGGCAGGUGCUGGUUGGACACUUGACUCAUGACCGCAUGCGGGACGUCAAACAGCACAUCACGGCCCGUCUGGACUGGGGAAACGAGCAGCUGGGUUUGGAUCUGGUACCCAGGAGAGAGUUCAGCAUGGUGGAUCCCGAUGACAUCAGCGUCACCGAACUCUACCGUCUGAUGGAGCAUCGGCACCGGAAGAAGGAAACCCCGGCUCCGGUCAGCACACAUCACCUGUUUGUCCAUCUCAAGAGUCUGAUGAGCUCGAACCUGGGCGAAGAACUGGAGGUUUUCUUCUUCAUCUACGACAGUCGAGAGAACCGACCACUGAGUGAAAGGUUCUUUGUCAAACUCAAUAAAAACGGUCUGCCCAAGUUUCCAGAGAAGACUGAAAGACAAUGCACACUUUUUGUGGAUCUGGGAAGUAGUGACCUGAGAAAAGACGUAUAUAUCGUCGUCCACAUCAUUAGGAUCGGCAGGAUGGGUGCCGGAGAGAAGAAAAAUUUGUGUAAUGUUCAAUACAGGCGUCCGUUCGGCUGUGCUGUGGUCAGUAUUGCUGAUCUUCUCACUGCAGACUCUAAAGAUGACCACCUGCUGAAGGUCUAUGCUUGCAACACAGAGAGCGACUGGAGUCAAAUUCACGACAACAUUAUUAAGAAGGUCAAUUCCAGAUACAACCUUUCAGGAUCCAAUACAGGUUUGGCAGUGGCGCUCCAGCUGCUACACGGUGACAUUGAACAGCUGCGAAGAGAAUAUAUGGUGCUUUUCACCAGAGGAGUGUCCAUCACCAAAAAGCUGGGCUUCUCAGAUGUCAUCAUGCCAGGUGAGAUGCGAAACGAUCUGUACAUGACACUGGAGAAAGGCGAGUUCGAGAAGGGUGGCAAGAGUGUGGCGAGAAACGUGGAGAUCACCAUCUACGCACUGGAUGCAGACGGACAGAUUCUAAAGGGCUUUGUGGCCGUGGGUUCGGGUGAGCCGGGUGGAGACGAAUAUCACACCUUCGUGCUUUACCACAACAACAGCCCUCGAUGGGCAGAGCAAAUCAAACUGCCGAUCCCUGUCGACAUGUUUCGAGGUUCUCACGUCCGCUUUGAGUUUCGCCAUUGUUCCACAAAAGACAAAGGAGAAAAGAAGCUGUUUGGAUUCUCAUUCGUCCCUCUGAUGCAGGAAGACGGACGAACUUUACCUGACGGGACACACGAACUCAUUGUACAUAAGUGUGAGGAGAACGCUAACCUGCAAGACUGCUCUCGCUACCUCAAACUGCCCUUCUCCAAAUCAAACCUGCCCGGCAACAACCAAACUGUGAAAGGCACUAAAGAGUCCCUGUGGAUCACAUCAUUCCUCUGUUCCACCAAACUCACUCAGAACGGUGACAUGCUGGAUUUACUGAAAUGGAGAGCUCAUCCAGAGAGAAUCAGUGACAGUCUGUCCAAACUCAAAGAGAUCGAUGGCUCUGAAAUAGUGAAGUUUUUGCAGGAUACACUGGAUACUCUUUUCGGCAUUUUAGAUGAGAGCUCGCAGAGAUAUGCACUCAAGGUGUUUGAUUGUCUGGUGCACAUUAUAAACUUGCUUCAGGAUAGCAAGUUUCAGCAUUUUAAACCAGUCAUGGACACCUACAUCGAAAGCCACUUUGCUGGAGCCCUGUCAUACAGGGAUCUGAUCAAGGUGUUGAAGUGGUACGUGGACCGCAUUAUUGAUGCGGACCGUCAGGAACACAUCCAACAGGUGCUAAAGGCAACAGAGUAUAUUUUUAAGUAUAUCGUCCAGUCCCGGAGGCUGUUUGCGCUGGCCACAGGCGGACAGAAUGAGGAGGAGUUUCGCUGCUGUAUGCAUGAGCUCUUCAUGUCCAUCCGCUUCUUCCUCUCACAGGAGAACAAGAGCAUGAGGCCCAUCACACACACGCAGGCGGUGUUUCUGCAGUCAUUCCCCGCCGUGUACAACGAGUUACUGAAGCUUUUCACGGUCAGAGAAGUGGCCACGUUUGUCCGCGAGACUCUGGGCAGCCUCCCGACCGCCAGCCAGCCAGACUGCCCCCUAGAAGCAGUCAAACUGCACUGCAUCGCCAAAACUGUGGACAGUCAACUUUACACCAACCCUGAUUCCAGAUGUGUCCUGCUGCCGGUGGUGUUGCGUUUGCUCCAGGCUCACAUGCAGGAGCAGAGAGAUUUGGUGAUGUGUGCUCAUAUACUCACCUGCAUGCUGUCUCUUCUCAAAAAGGACGACACGGAUUCCAGUUCAUCUGAAGAGGUGGAUCUGAUCGUGGAGAGUGUUUUGGCUGUUUUACUGCGGACUAUACUGGAAGUCGCUAACAGGCCACAACCUGCAGGGCCGACGCUACGGCCACAAGUUCAAGAUGUUACGGGAGAGUUUGUGUCUUGUCUUCUGGCUUUGUUGAGGCACAUGAAGGAUAAACACUAUCAGCAGCUCCUGCAGAGAUUCACCAGUAAAGAAGACCUGCGGGACUUUCUUUUGCACAUCUUCACUGUCUUUCGGAUCCUGAUCCGGCCAGAGAUGUUCCCCAAAGACUGGACUGUCAUGAGGCUCGUCACCAAUAACAUCAUCAUCACCACUGUGCUCUACUUGUCGGAUGCUUUAAGAAAAAACUUCCUCAGUGAGAAGUUUGACUAUAAGGUUUGGGAUUCGUACUUCUGUCUGUCUGUAAUAUUCAUCAACCAGACCUGCCUUCAGCUCGAGACUUUCUCUGCCUCGAAGAAAAAGAAAAUACUAGAGAAGUAUGGAGACAUGCGUGUAAUGAUGGGAUGCGAGAUCUUCAGCAUGUGGCAAAAUUUAGGAGAGCACAAGCUAAACUUCAUCCCGGCGAUGAUUGGCCCAUUUCUGGAGGUGACGCUUGUACCUCAGCCGGACCUGAGGAACGUCAUGAUCCCCAUUUUCCAUGAUAUGAUGGACUGGGAGCAGCGGCGGAGUGGAAACUUUAAACAGGUGGAAGCUAAACUCAUAGACAAGCUGGACAGCCUGAUGUCAGAGGGCAAAGGAGACGAGACCUACAGGGAGCUUUUCAACAGCAUAAUUCCUCUGUUCGGUCCAUAUCCUAGUCUGUUGAAGAAGAUUGAGAGGGAAACAUGGAGAGAGAGCGGGAUUUCUCUCAUCGCCACCGUCACGCGCUUAAUGGAGCGACUGCUGGACUACAGAGACUGUAUGAAGUUGGGAGAAGUGGAUGGAAAAAAGAUCGGCUGUACAGUCAGUCUGCUGAACUUCUACAAAACGGAGCUGAACAAAGAAGAGAUGUACAUCCGCUACAUUCACAAGCUGUAUGACCUGCAUCUGAAAGCACAGAAUUACACAGAGGCCUCGUAUACUCUUCUGCUGUAUGACGAGCUGCUGGAAUGGUCUGAAAGGCCCUUGAGGGAGUUUUUGAGUUAUCCCAUGCAGAGCGAGUGGCAGAGAAAGGAGUAUCUGCAUCUCACAAUCAUCCAGAACUUUGAUCGCGGAAAGUGUUGGGAGAACGGCAUCCUCCUGUGCAGAGAGUUAGCAGACCAGUAUGAAUCCUACUACGAUUACAGAAACCUCAGCAAGAUGAGGAUGAUGGAGGCUUCGUUUUACGAUAAAAUCAUGGACCAACAGCGGCUGGAGCCGGAGUUCUUCAGAGUGGGCUUUUACGGCAAGAAGUUCCCCUUCUUUCUACGGAAUAAGGAGUUUGUGUGUCGUGGUCAUGACUACGAGCGUCUGGAGGCGUUCCAGCAGCGCAUGCUCAAUGAGUUCCCUCAUGCCAUCGCAAUGCAACACGCCAACCAGCCUGACCAGACCAUUUACCAGGCUGAAGCCCAGUAUCUGCAAAUCUAUGCUGUCACGCCAAUCCCAGACAGCCAGGAUGUCCUGCAGCGUGACGGCGUCCCCGAUAACAUCAAGAGCUUCUAUAAGGUCAACCACAUCUGGAGGUUUCGCUAUGACCGGCCAUUUCACAAGGGCACCAAGGACAAAGAAAACGAAUUUAAGAGCCUGUGGGUAGAAAGGACGACAUUAACACUUGUUCAGAGUCUGCCAGGCAUCUCUCGAUGGUUUGAAGUGGAGAGGAGGGAACUGGUGGAAGUGAGUCCACUGGAGAAUGCCAUUGAGGUCAUUGAAAACAAGAACCUGCAGUUGCGGACGCUGAUCACGCAGUGUCAAACUAGGCAGAUGCAGAACAUCAACCCGCUAACCAUGUGUCUAAACGGAGUCAUCGAUGCUGCCGUCAAUGGAGGACUCGCUCGCUACCAAGAGGCGUUCUUCGUGAAGGACUACAUCAUGAAUCACCCCGAAGACGGAGACAAAAUCGGCCGUCUCCGAGAGCUCAUGUUUGAGCAGGCACACAUACUGGAGUUUGGCUUGACUGUGCAUGAGAAGUUUGUUCCUCAGGACAUGCGGCCACUGCACAAAAAACUGGUCGACCAGUUUCAUCUCAUGAAAUCCAGCCUCGGCAUUCAGGAGUUUCCGGCUUAUGUGCGAGCCAGUCCAAUCCACUUCACCAACGGUAGUCCUCGAGUCGGCCGAAACUCUGCGCCAAACAUCAUGAGUCCAGACGGAGGAGCGAGAGUCGUGUCCCGCCGCAGGUCAGAUACUCUUCAGGUCCACCGUCCUCUGAGUUACCCGGCAGUGAACCGCUACUCCUCAUCCUCGCUCUCAUCACAGGCCUCUAAUGAAGUCAGCAACAUCACAGGCCAUUCAGAGAGUUCAGAUGAAGUCUUUAACAUGCAGCCCAGUCCGUCUACCUCCAGUCUCAGCUCCAAUCAUUCAGCUUCUCCCAACGUGAGCAGCUCGGCUCCGUCCAGCGCCAGAGGAUCUCCACAGUUGUCGGAUAAACACAAGCAUCCAAGAGAGAACUGCCUCUCUCCACGGGACAGACCCUGCAGCGCUGUAUAUCCAAACCCUAUGGAACCCACACAGAGGCCUGUUCCACACCCUGCGGGUGACUCCUCUCUGCCCCGCAGUGACCCCAACAUCUCCAGCCCUGAUAAAGUUGUGAAGCCUGCACCGAGUAGCUGGAGUUUAGACAUGCCGCUGUCUGAGUUUAAUGGAAAGUGCCCCCCUGUCCCUCCUAGGCCACCAUACUCAGGAUCUCCUGCCAGGACGACCCGCUCUCAGUCCCCGGUGUCGACGUCCCGCUCGCCUCAGAAGACCUCCGUGCCGCCAUUCACACCGUCUCCCACAGAGUGCCAGUCUACAGGGUUGGUGUCUAAUUCGCCGGUGCUUUCCGGAAGCUACAGCAGCGGUAUCUCAUCUCUCAGUCGCUGCAGUGUUUCUGAAGCCUCUGGGACUGAGAACACACCCACUGACCACGUCCUCCCAAACUCCGCCUCUAGUGGCUCGGAUGAGCUCAUUCGCAGAGAAAACAAGACUCCGCCUCCUUACAGCAUACAUGAGCGCAACAAUCCACGACGACAGGUUCCACUUCCUCCGAGUUUAUCCCUUCCUCCAAACGUCGACGCACCGCCAAUCCCACCCAAACCACACCAGAUCCGAAGGCAAGACACUGAGCCCCGGCGACCCGAGCAGUUUCCCAGACCUCGACCCAUUCCCAGGAAAGUCUCGCAGCUCUAACGCUGUGCCAAUGCUCAGAUUAUAACCCCUCCUUUGCACUUUUACACUUAACCACCACUCUGGGUCUAUGAUUGCAAACUGUAUAUUAUAUUUUAGAGUGAGAGACAAGGGGUAUGAUUGCAUUUUGUGCACUUUUUAGGUCCGAAAUUAGAGCUAUGGCUUGUCAGUCUAUCCCAGCUCCUCUAAACAGAUCUUAGUACAUUGGUAUUUUCUCAGAUUUUUUCAUAGAUUUAUCAGUGCUAGUGCGUAUUUAUAGUGGUCGAUGAUACAAAAUGUUUUGCCUUAAGAGUCUUUUUAUUAAUGAGAAAUGCACGAUUACGUUGUACUUUUUAUAUAGACAAAAGGUGCUAGAAGUCCUCUGCAUAUUAAUGUCAGCACAAAUUGUUCAGGAUUGCAUUUUCCUUCAGGCCUAUUCACGCUGAAUGCAAGACAAAAUGUGAGGUGAAAUAUUACCUUAACACGUUAUAGAAGUCGUUUUAGAGAAAAGGUACAGCCUUGUUAAUCUGAGCUUUUGAGUUUAUAAAGUGUGGGGGAGAUCAUAUUUAUUGUAUUAAUUUGCAUUUUAUUCAGUUCUUUGUGUAUGAGGUGAUAAAACUGUGCCUUUGCACAAAUCCUCAUAUUCCCUGCGAUUUAAUAUUUAUACAAAUUUGUUAUAUAUGCACAUGUUGUUAUGUGGCUUGCAUAAAUUGGGUUUAUGUCUGUAGUGGCUCACAAACUGGAACUGUUUACACUUUCAUCCCUUUUG